UCGUUAUUGUGGUAAAUAUGCACGGUCAACUCCCGAAUGUACAGCACUACAUGAUCCUCGUGUUGGCCCAAGCAGCAAUGUGCUCCGUCCAUGAAUUUUCCACAUGACACCCAGGGCUCCAUUAACUUGACGCCGAUCUUUAUUAUCGCAACCGACCUCCUGCUAUUAUUUUCUGAACUCCCGAAAAGCCGGCGCCACCUCAUGCCCUUCAACUUUUGUCACUUCAGAGAUUCUGACAUUGUUCAAGCUGGCAACGAAUUGCCUUAGUUGUGCGUCAUCUUCGUUACGACCACAUUAUGGUCGUACAUGUGUAUGUGGGAUAUUGGGGUUGGACUGAAGUGACCCUGGCUGCAAUACAGCUUGUGUAGGUUUGGUGUGGCAAAAGGGGACUGAUUAUUGGGCGAUAUCAUGUGGUUUGUCGCCGGGAAUAGUCAGAUUGUUCUAGCGUCACACUGCAUAUGCUAGACGUUUUGGUGCCCUGAUGCGAGUUCCGGCAAGUAUUAAAACUACUGCAAUAAUCC